AUAAUUCAUUGCUGAUAUUUUUGCGCCCGAUUAAAUUUGUUUUAUUGAAUAAAACUACAAUGCAAAGUACACGUAAGGUAAAAUUCCUAACACUGGCAAGCCUUAUGCUGAAACGCACGGCGGCAGGUGCAGCGCAACAAACGACAGCAAAUACUGCAUCUGCCUCUAGAGGGGAUGAGCAGACUACGCACUUUGGCUACCAAACGGUCAAGGAGAGUGAAAAGGAGCAAAAAGUGCACGAAGUGUUUGAGCAGGUGGCCAAAUCUUACGAUCUGAUGAACGAUGCCAUGUCCAUGGGAAUACAUCGUGUGUGGAAAGAUAUAUUCAUUGAACGACUGGGACCCACACAUGGCAUGCGUCUGCUCGACAUGGCCGGCGGCACGGGGGACAUAAGCUUUCGUUAUUUGAAAUAUCUAGCCAACCAGUCAAAUCCAAAGCAACGUGUCAGCCAUGUAACUAUAUCGGACAUAAAUCAGCACAUGUUGAACGUGGGUGAGGAACGUGCUCGUAGAUUGGGUUUGACAGGAGAGCGAUUGCCGAAUGCGAGCAUUAGCUGGCAGUGUGCGGAUGCCGAGAAGCUGCCAUUUAAAGACGAAAGCUUUAAUGCCUACACGAUUGCUUUUGGCAUUCGGAAUUGCACGCAUGUGGAUAAGGUACUCUCCGAAGCCUUUCGUGUGCUUGAGCCUGGCGGUCGAUUCAUGUGCCUCGAAUUCAGCCACUUGACAAAUGAGACCAUGCAAUGGCUGUACGAUCAGUACUCGUUUCAGGUCAUACCACCAAUGGGUCAGUUACUGGCUGGCCAAUGGCAUGCCUAUCAGUAUCUCGUUGAGAGCAUUCGCCGUUUUCCUCGCCAAGAACAAUUUAAGCGUAUGAUCGAACAGGCGGGCUUCUCCCAAGUGGAGUAUGAGAACCUGACAUUUGGCGUUGUGAGCAUACAUUCGGGCUUUAAGCUGUGAAAUAUGUGUAAAUCUAUGCUUUAGAUAAGGUAGCUACUAAGUUAAUAUCGUAAAAAGUUGUUGGGACUUUAGUUUAUUGUUACAAAAGUGUGCCUAGCUCAAAAAUGUUUUAGGAAUUUGUAACUCUUGCACAUUAAAAAAAAAAAGUAUGCUUGUCACGUUUACGAAUGCGCCGAAUGCGUUUAACCCAUCAAGUUGUAAGAAAAUAAAAGUUUUAUUUCCCUUGUUGAGAAAUUACAUGACAAA